AUGGCCGACAAACAGGCUACUGUCUUCAUCGUCGACCUCGGCUCGUCAAUGGCCGACUGCCACAAUGGUCGCAUCGAAUCCGACCUCGACUGGAGUAUGCGCUAUGUCUGGGACAAGAUAUCAACCGUCGUUGCAGCCUCGCGUAAAACGUGGACCAUCGGUGUCGUCGGUCUUAAGACCGACGAGACGCGACACCUCCUCCAGGAUGAGGAAGGCUACGAGAACAUCUCUAUACUGCAGGAGAUUGGCCCCAUGUCCAUGCACUCGCUCAAAGAGCUGCAGGACGUCAUUGUGCCCUCUGAAACGCACACCGGAGAUGCAGUGUCGGCAAUCGUCAUUGCCGUGGACAUGAUGGAGAAAUACACCAAGGCGCUGAAGUAUGCACGAAAGAUAUAUCUCAUCACUGACGGCACGGGUCCCAUUGAUGGAGAUGACUUUGAAGACAUUACGAAAAAGAUCAACCAGGACGGUAUCGAGCUAAUUGUGCUGGGCGUGGAUUUCGACGACGCGGAAUACGGAUUUAAGGAAGAGGACAAGCCAAGUCUGAAGGCAAAGAAUGAACGCCUUCUCAAGGACCUCGUGUCCAAAUGCAAGGAUGCCCAGCUGGCCACCAUCGCCGAAGCCAUUGACGAGUUGGACACGCCCCGCCUCAAACCCGUGAGGCCCUACAAAUCGUACGACGGCCCGUUGACUCUCGGCGAUGUCAAAGACCCCAAGCAUCCCUCACCCAUGGUCAUCAACGUCGAGCGCUACUUCAAGACGAAACUGGCCAGGCCACCCCCCGCAUCCACCGUGGUGCUGAGGACAGACCCUGGCCCCUCACAGGCCCCCGAAGGGGAGGGCAUGGAGGGCAUAGAGUCAUCGCUGAACUUCGGUGCCAUUCGACAAGCUCGCUCAUACAAAGUCAACGACCCGGAUGCACCCGGUGGGAAGCGAGACGUCGAGUUCGACUCCUUGGCGAAGGGCUACGAAUACGGCAGGACUGCGGUCCAUAUCAGCGAAUCGGAGUGGAACAUGACCAAGAUUGAGACCAACAAAGCGUUCGAGAUUGUUGGUUUCAUCCCGGCCGAUAAAUUUGAACCCUUCCUCAGCAUGGGCGAGAGUUGUAUCACAGUGAGCCGCAAGCACGACGACAAGUCGCAGCUCGCCCUAUCCUCACUCAUCCACGCGCUUUACGAGCUCUCUUCCUACGCUGUCGCGCGCAUUGUCCUGAAGGAUGGGAAGGAGCCGCAACUUAUCCUCCUUGCGCCUGGCAUCGAACCCGACCUGGAGUGCCUCUAUGAUGUCCCCCUCCCUUUUGCUGAAGACGUCCGCAGCUACCAGUUCCCUCCUCUCGAUCGCGUGGUCACAGUCAGCGGCCAAACUCUGACGAAACAUCGCCUGAUACCUGAUGACGAGCUCAAUGAUGCCAUGAGCGACUUUGUCGACGCGAUGGAUCUGGACACUUUUGUGAAGGAUGAAGAUGGAGGAGAACCCACAGAAUAUGCCCCCAUCGACGAAUCCUUUAACCCGGCCAUCCACCGUAUCAACCAGGUCGUCCGCGAUCGCGCCAUCAAGCCGACAGGCGACAUUGAACCCAUCCCACGCGUCCUCCUCCGCUACGCCGAGCCACCAGAAGAUCUCCUCACAAAGGCAAAGGCUGACAUGAAGGCUCUCAUCAAGGCAGCCGAAGUCAAGAAGGUUCCUCCCAAGGCAAAGAACAAGCGCAACCGCGACGCCGCCAAGCCUCUGUCUGGCCUCGACAUCGAUGCACUUCUCGGCUCUCUCCCGAAACGCGCCCGUCUUGUGUCCCGUGACAAUGCCGUUCCCGAAUUCAAGCAGGCCUUGACGAGCGCAACCGACAUUGCUGCAAUUGAGGAGGCGGCAUCCCAGAUGGGCGAGGUCAUUCGUGGCCUCGUCACUGACAGCUUUGGCGAUGCGGAGUACAACCGUGCCAUCGAAGCGCUUGGCGUCAUGCGCACGGAGCUCAUUAACAUGGAGGAGCCUGCAAUGUACAACAAUUUCAUCAAGGACUUCAAGACGAGGUUGCUCGCGGGUGAGUUUGGGGGUGAUCGGAGGGAGAUGUGGUGGCGUGUGCGGACAGGACGACUGGGUCUGAUCGACUCGGCGCAAAGUGAAGUGUCCGAGGUCACGAGCGAACAAGCUACUGAGUUUCUCAAGUCCAAAUAG